CCCUAGUCUCUUUCUCUCUCAAAUUUAGAACUUUUGACCGGUUUCGUCGUAACAUCAGACCAUCUCCGUGAGCUUGGUGGUUCAGUCAUCCGUCUAACCAUAACCCACUGCAAAAUUGAGCUCGAUGGCUGGUGGUUCCGAUGUGGCCGAGACCACGACUCUCUCCUGCGCUCGGUGUGGCAAACCUGCGCACCUUCAGUGUCCCAAGUGCAUGGAAUUAAAGCUUCCUCGUGAAGGCGGUGCUUUCUGCACUCAGGAUUGUUUCAAGGCUUCUUGGAGCUCUCAUAAAUCAGUGCAUUUGAAGGAAAAGCAGUCCUCAUUUGGGACAGGUACUCCGCGUGAACAAAAUUCAAACUUUCUUGAUGAAGGUUGGCUAUAUUGCUUGAAGAAAGGACAGGCUCGAACUCCAAAACUUCCUUAUUUUGAUUGGACGGGGACACUGAGGCCAUAUCCUAUAUCUAGUAGACGUGCUGUACCUGCUCAUAUUGAGCAACCUGACUGGGCAGUUAGUGGUAUCCCACAAAUUGAGCCAAAUAGUGAUCUGCAGCAUGUUGUAGAGAUCAAAACUCGGAAUCAAAUCGAGAGAAUGAGAGAGACUUGUCGAAUUGCAAGAGAAGUUUUGGAUGCAGCUGCUCGUGUAAUUCGGCCUGGUGUAACAACUGAUGAGAUUGAUCGAGUGGUUCAUGAUGCAACUAUUGAAGCUGGAGGAUACCCAUCUCCCCUCAAUUAUCAUUUCUUCCCAAAGUCUUGCUGCACGUCAAUUAAUGAAGUAAUUUGCCAUGGAAUUCCAGAUGCCAGGAAAUUAGAGGAUGGUGAUAUUGUCAAUGUGGAUGUGACUGUUUGCUAUAAAGGUGUUCAUGGUGAUCUCAAUGAAACAUUCUUUGUGGGUAAUGUUGAUGAAGAGUCUCAACGGUUGGUCCAAUGUACUUAUGAGUGCUUGGAGAAAGCAAUAUCUAUUGUGAAACCUGGAGUGCGAUUUCGGGAGAUUGGGGAAGUCAUUAAUCGUCAUGCUACAAUGUCUGGGUUCUCUGUGGUAAAAUCUUAUUGCGGUCAUGGUAUUGGAGAGCUCUUUCAUUGCGCACCAAAUAUUCCUCAUUAUGGAAGAAACAAAGCGGUUGGUGUGAUGAAGGCUGGACAGACCUUUACAAUCGAACCAAUGAUCAAUACUGGUGUUUGGCGUGAUCGGAUGUGGCCUGAUGGAUGGACUGCUGUCACUGCUGAUGGCAAACGCAGUGCUCAGUUUGAACACACUCUUCUGGUAACGGAGACCGGAGUUGAGGUUCUUACAGCGCGGUUGCCUUCCUCCCCAAAUGUGUAUCCUUGGCUAAGUGCUUAAGCGUCGACAGGUGUCCGUAUGGUAAACCUGGAUGGUGGAUGCAAGAGAGUGAUCUACCAAAUUCUGUAACAUCGGUAAACCAUCAUAAAUCAUUGAGUGAGGAAUUACUAAAAUUUCCUUUUGCUGGAUGCGAAAUGUUGUUUGUAACUUGAUAGAUUACUUCAAUUAAUAUAAAAGUUCCCAAUUGUGCUCUGGUGUUUCACA